UCAGGCGGCAAGCUUUCAUGCUCUGUUUUGUCCUAAAGCUGUCAGAUAAGUUCAGCCUAAGAGCACGGUUGCGACAAUUGCUUCAAUCUGCUGCGCGUACGAAUCGUUCCAGCUACAGCACGUUUAACCAGAUGCUUCUCCACUAAACCUCAGCCAAAGAAGCAUACAUCAUGGCCUCAGUUGGAACAUGGCAUCGCCACAUUUACAACCAUCCUCCAAAGCAACCAACACCGCAUUUUGUUGCCAACAUUCUCGGUCUUCAAUCAGGCCACCAACCGAAUAACGUAACAAGCGGAUUCUCUCAGCAAGAACAAACGCUUGUUAAGCGCAACCUUGUCGUAAAAGAGAGAGAAGCGAGAUCAAAACAAAGCGAACAAGGUUAUGAUUCAACUUGUGAUGUUGAUGAGAAGGAACUUGAACAACCAAAGUCAGAAUUAAAAGCAGAUUCCUCUUCAGUCCAUUCCAAGGGGGUAAAGAGACUGAAAGGCAAAUCUGGAAAGGAAAAAAUCAAGAAGAAAAAAGCUAGGACCACAUUCACUGGUCGGCAAAUUUUCGAGCUCGAAAAGCAAUUUAAAGAGAAGAAAUACUUGACUGCGGCGGAGCGAAGCGACAUGGCCGCUCUGCUAAACGUCACCGAAACACAAGUCAAAAUUUGGUUUCAGAACAGACGAACAAAAUGGAAAAAGCAGGAAAAAAAUUGUGUAACAACAGUUGACACGGAGAAAGAUUCGCAAAGCGAGCAUUCCGACAACAAAGACAGUACGUAUGGAAAUGUCUUAGACAACGACGACAAAACCUCGGAUUUAGAUGAGAGCAGCUAAAGAUUAGCUGACAAGAAGAUGUAGGAAGGAUGGAACUCUAUUUAGAAGAUCAGAAGGUGUAAAAAAUCUUUUAUUUAUUUUAUUCGCGUUUACUCGCCACUUUUAAAUUACCAAUAUGUACAGUUCAGAAGCAACCGUUUUAACAGUUCAUAUUCUUGAAGUCAGCGGAUCAAGACAAUUAUCUCAAUACAAAGGUUUCGCGCCUACAUAAAUUAAGAGACCGAUUAAGGAAAUCCUGAACGCUAAAAAAGCUAUUAGAACCGUAGCAAGCCUGGACCUGCUUAGCUACAAAAGACUCAGAACGUUUAAUGAGCUCAAAUCGCCAUUUAGCGAGUAAAUUUUACAAAUCAUACGAAGGUUAAUUCAUUAACUUCUGCAGGAAGCAAUUGACCAGCGAGUAACUCAUUUGUGUGAUAAUUGAACACCCUCGCUCAAUACGGUGUUUAUUUCAGGAAAACGUCAGCAUUUAUUCGGAUCUAUGAAUGCCAAACGAUUUCUUAACUUUACUGAUUCUUUAAUUGGUCUCCACGCGUUCUGUUGUUCUCUGGCUCAGGCUGUGGUAUUUGCAAUUCUAUCAACGCGCAGUGGGUUUCUUACUGCCAAGUCAUUUAUAACAAACCACUCGUCGAUUUAAGUUGAAGAACCGUUUCAAGCUGAAGCGAAAACGGUUGAAGUGCUCUAGACAUUUCAAUUAAGCCAAAGCAGUACACAGCUCAAUUGUCAAAUUUUUACGACUCCGUUUUACUGAAACUACGACUAUAAAUUAUAUUUUAUUAGGCUGACAACUAUAGACCCCCUGCCAGUGGAACGACUCAAACUAUGGACUUUUCAUUGUUACAAAGGGCUAUUGGUAACAUUGAAGUCUUAAUUAACAACCCCUCCACUCAAAGACAUUUUAUCAACAAAUCCAUGCCUAAUUCCAGUUCUCACAACUUGUUUUCUUUACGAGACGUUUGGAAAUGUUGCAUUACUUGGCAUGGGAAUUAGGGAAAAUGAUUCAAAUGCGUCAUUCAUAUAGUGAAGUCUGCGUUCAAUUUUGCGGUAAAUAAAGAUGAAUUGGAAAUUG